AUGUUCUUUUCCCGCCUCAUCACCCUUGCCCUCGUCUCCCUCUCCGCCACCACCCUCGCCAUUCCCACUUCCACAACAAACAGCUUCCUUGAAUUCGAACGUUAUCACGAGGAUCACAAACGCCAUCAUCCCAGCUCUGGCACCAACUCGCGCGCUUCCGCCUCUGCCAGUGGGGUCAAGCGUAAGGCUACUCAAACUGCUGUGGCCACUUUUGCUGUCCUCGGCGCGGCGACCGACCUUGCGCGAUGUCCUCUAGAGCAGAUGGCUUGCCCUAUAACGUCCUUGACAGAAUCAGAGCUUGCUGCUGCUGGCGAUGAUGUACCUUGGGAGUGUGUAAGUCCUCAAGAAGACUUGUAUAGCUGUGGUGGGUGCGCCACGUUGGGUACAGGGAUAGACUGUACAGCUAUCGCCGGCGUCGAUUCCGUGUCCUGCACUGCCGGGACUUGCUUGGGCGAGCCUUUCUGA